AUGUAUUUUAGCCAGUAUACCAGUGAUGGUAGCUUCAAACUCAAGCAGUCGUACGACAACCAUUCGGGCAGGCCUCAGCUUUCCCUGAGUUACUUGAGGACGAGGGCUUUGCUCUGGUUCAGCCCUGGAGGUGGGUCUAGUGGUGGGUCUGGAUUCGGUCUGGAGGUGGGUCUAGUGGUGGGUCUGGAGGUUGCUCUGGAGGUGGGUCUAAAGGUGGGUCUAGUGGUGGGUCUGGAGGUUGCUCUGGAGGUGGGUCUAAAGGUGGGUCUAGUGGUGGGUCUGGAGGUUGCUCUGGAGGUGGGUCUAGAGGACCCCCAGAAGCAGCCUCUACGGGCGGCGAGAGGACCCCCAGUAGCAGCCCCGGACAGCGGCAUGGAGCGGGCCACUUAUGCCCACGCACAGGUCCAUCUGAGCGGGGGAGCGCCCUGGGGAUUCACGCUGAAGGGAGGACUGGAGCACGGAGAGCCGCUGGCCAUCACCAAAACGGCCCGGCCCCUGGUGUGGAGCUCCAGCUCUCAGGAUGAGGACGCUCUCACAGACCAGGAGAGAUUCAGGCUCAAGAAACUCCUGAGCAAAGUCAGGGCCCAAGUGGCCAGCAGUUUAAAUAUUAAUGGUUGCCGGGACAGAGCGAAGCGAGCUGCUCUGUUCCAGUUCUUGCAGAUGAAGGGAGUAGAUGUGGUGCUCCUACAGGAGACACACAGUACUGCAGAGAUAGAGUCAGACUGGAGGAGGGAGUGGGGGGGCCAGCUGGUUCUCAGUCAUGGCUCCGCCUCCAGUGCAGGAGUAUCAGUGUUGUUCUCCAGGAGGUGUCUUCCAGUGAGUGUAGAGACUGAGGAGGUGGUAGCGGGCCGCCUGCUCCUGGUACGUGCACAGUUGGAGACCACUACAGUAACAUUUGUGUGUGUGUACCUGCCGUGCACUGGAGCACAGAGGGUCCUGAUGAUGGACACUCUGUGUGAAUGCAUCAGGGACUGCACAGACUCUGGGGACGUCCUGUUCGUGGCCGGGGACUGGAACUGUACUGUGGAACCACAGCAGGACAGGAACCACCCUGAGCCCCACCCGGCCUCCUCCCUCAGGCUGAGGCGGCUGUUGGAGGUCCACAGUCUGGAGGACGUGUGGAGGACUCUGCACCCAGGGGUCCGUGAGUACACGUGGUCCCACUGUAAGGACAAUGCUCUGUCUCUGGCCCGUUUGGACCGAGUGUAUGUUCCGGGACACCAGCUGAGCAUGUGCACUGCGGCUCACAUCAGUCCUGUGGGCAUCUCUGACCACAGUUUUAUUGUUUGUGUAAUUCGGGUGUCUAAUGUGCGGGUGGGCAGUGCUUACUGGCACUUUAAUAAUUCACUGCUUUUGGAUAAAAUGUUUGUUUGUGCUUUUAAAGUGUUUUGGGAGUCCCACCAGCGGUGUAAGGCCCACUUUGUGAGUCUGCAGCGAUGGUGGGACUAUGGGAAAGUGCAGAUAAGGCAGCUGUGUCAGGAGUACACUCAUGGUGUCACAAGAGACAGGGCCCGGCUUGUGAAGGAGCUGGAGACUACAGUGGUAGAACUGCAGCGUUUAGCAGCUUCUACAGGAGAACGGGGGUGUUUACAGUCCCUCAAAGUACAAAAGUCGGCUCUGGCCAGCCUGCUGGGCACCUCUGCACAGGGGGCUCUGGUCCGGUCCCGCCACAUGGAUCUGACCCAGAUGGAUGUACCCUCUCAGUUCUUCUUCAGUCUGGAGGUAAAGAACGGGCAGAAGAGGAUCAUCCAGUCUCUGCGCUCGGACGGCGGUCGCCUCAUCACAGACUCUGCCGAGGUCAGGAGCUUUGCCGCAGGCUUUUAUGAACAUUUGUAUAGCUCUGAGCUGCGUCCCGGGUCUGUUAUGGGAGGCCGGUUUGGGGACGGUCUGCCUCAGGUCAGUGAUGAGGACAAUAUGAAGCUGGAGGCCCCACUGACUCUGGCUGACUUGGGCUCUGCGGUGGGGAGUCUAAAACCAGGCAGAGCUCCGGGCAUAGACGGACUUUCGGCCGAUUUUUACAAGGCCUUCUGGGACGUCUUGGGGCCAGACCUUCUGGAGGUCUUUAUGGACAGUCUGGAGAGCGGUCGUUUGCCCCUGAGCUGCAGAAGAGCAGUACUGACUUUGCUCCCAAAGAAGGGUGAUCUGCAGCUCCUAAAGAACUGGAGGCCGGUGUCGCUGCUCUGCAUGGACUACAAGAUCCUGUCCAAGGUGUUGGCGUCCCGGCUGAGAGGGGUCAUGGCCUCGGUCAUCCACGUGGACCAGACGUACUGUGUGCCCAGCAGGCUCAUAGGGGAUAACAUCGCCCUGAUCAGAGAUGUUUUGGAGGUCUCCGGCUCAUUGGGAAUCAACCUGGGACUGAUUUCCAUAGACCAGGAAAAGGCGUUUGACCGGGUUGAACACCAGUACCUCUGGCAGACCAUGGCUGCCUUUGGGUUCAGCCCUGGGUUCAUCGCCCACAUCCGGACUCUGUAUUGUGACGUCAUGAGUGUACUGAAGGUGAAUGGGGGGCUCAGUGCGCCGUUCAGUGUGGGGAGGGGCAUCAGGCAGGGCUGCUCUCUGUCUGGGAUGCUCUACUCCCUCUCCAUCGAGCCCCUUCUGCAUCGGCUCAGAGCUGACCUGCAGGGGGUGCUGCUGCCUGGAGCACGACCAUUUAAGGUCUCUGCGUACGCAGAUGAUCUUAUUGUGUUCGUUAACAGCCAGAGGGAUGUGGAGGUCCUGGCUGACACGGUGCAGGUCUUUGGUCAGGUCUCCAGCUCCAGGGUGAACUGGAGCAAGAGCUCUGCCACUCUGCUCGGGGAGGGGAUCACCCUCUGGGACCAUGAGAAGCUGAAGGAGGACAUGACAGAGAGGCCGCAGCCCAACAGUGAGUUUGAGAUCGUGGCGUCUGAAUCCAUCUCAGACAAGUCCUCGUCUCUUGGAGUGGAGGCUUCUCUGAAGGCCAGUUUCUUAGGUGGACUUGUUAAGGUCGACGGCUCGGCCAAAUACCUGAAGGACACGCGGACAUCCAAACAGCAGGCACGAGUCACUCUGAAGUACAAAACCACCACACGCUUCAGAGAGCUGACCAUGAACCAGCUGGGCACAGGAAACAUCAAGCAUCCGUACGUCUUUGAGAAAGGUCUGGCCACACAUGUGGUCACUGCCAUUCUGUACGGAGCUCAGGCCUUCUUUGUGUUUGACCGAGAACUGUCAGACUCUGAAAACAUCCAAGACAUUCAAGGAAAGCUCCAGGUGGUGAUCAAGAAAAUCCCCUGCAUCUCCAUCGAGGGAGAAGGAUCUCUCAAAAUGGAGGACAAGGACAGAGAAAAAGUCAACAAGUUUUCCUGCAAAUUCCACGGAGACUUUAAUCUGCCUCAGAGCCCAAUGACGUUUGAAGAUGCAGUGAAAGUUUACAAGGACCUGCCCAAACUUCUAGGUCCAGAUGGAGAAAAGGCUGUGCCGGUGACUGUGUGGCUGCUACCACUCACCGAACUUGACUCUACUGCGGCUCAGCUGGUGAGGCAGAUCAGUGUGGGGCUGGUGUUAGAGGUAGAGAAGACCCUGGAGCAUCUGGCCGACCUGGACAUGAAGUGUCAGGAUGUUUUAAAGAGUGCAGUGUUACAGCAGUUUCCUCAGAUAUCCACAAAGAUCAGAACCUUCAUGAGGUUGUGUUCACAGUUUAACCUGGAACUCCAGGGUGUUCUGGCUCAGAAGCUCCCAGCGAUCCGUGGAGGAGGAGAGAAUGAAGCUGAACUCGCUGAGAUUCUGAAGAAAAGAGCUGCUUUUCCAUUUAGCUAUGACUGUCUGAACCAGUGGGUCAGCUGCAAAGUCAAAGAGAUCAACCUCAUCAAAGCAUUCACUAAUAUGAUGAAGCACACAGAAGUCCUCUCCUCUCAGGACGAUCUGGAUGCCACGACCCACAACAUAAAGUAUGCAGUUUGCUUUGUUUUCACCUCACUGGAAACUGAAGAGGAAUAUCUCUCAGCUUUAGAUCAGUACUUAAAGGGUAUCAGCUUGGACCAGUCCAGCUCUCGGCCCAAAGAUCUGGAGAAGCAACAAUGGUACAGCCACAAAGACGUGCGAGAGGCCGUCAGGACCAAGGUGAAGCUCUUUGCAGACUUUGCAGAAGCCAACAAAGACAAAAAGGACGUGAAGUUUAUGGCAGUGGCUUUUAAAGAUGAAACUCAGAAAGGAUCAACAAUCUACACAUAUGAAGAUGGAUUUGAAGUCAGUGAUGACUUUGUGCCUCCUUCGAAGCCUGAAGUUAAAGUGGAUGUUGUGACACAUAACAGUGUGACUCUUCGUGUUAGCGCCCCCACAUGGGGAGCAGAGGCAGUGACAAGCUACAGGCUGGAGUACAGAGAGAAUAAAGAGUCCAGUGCAAACGGAGAGUUGCAGCAGCAGUCAGUGGAAAACACCGGCUUAACCACAGUCACUGGACUGAACCCAGACACAGAGUACACCUUCAGACUGAGGGCUCUCACUGAGAUGGGACAGGGGCCCAUGAAGGAACUCACUGACAAAACUUGUCCCGCACCAGAGGGCCCCAGACGCCUCGCAGAUGAGGUGAGGAAAACUUGUGAAGUCAUAGAGACCAAAGGAUCUCUGGAGAUCCUGAAGGUUCCACUGCAGAAAGAUGAAAUGAACAUCCCUGGCUGUGCACGGUUCAACUUUGGCUCUGAGGUUCAAGGAAAAAAAAUCUGCACCAUAAUGGUGAUGGGAGCCACUGGAGCUGGUAAAUCCACCCUCAUCAACGGCAUGAUCAACUACAUCCUGGGUGUGCAGUGGACGGACAAAUACAGGUUCAAACUAGUGGUGGAAGAAGAGAAGUGUCAGAGUCACAGUCAGACAUCAGAGGUGAUCGUUUACAAAGUCAACUUUGACGAAGGCUUUAUGAUCGACUACUCUCUGAACAUCAUCGAUACUCCAGGCUUUGGAGACACUCGCGGCAUCAAAAGAGACCAUCAAAUCACAGAGCAGAUCCGGAACCUCUUCUCCGACAGCCAUGGGGUGGAUGUCAUUCACACAGUGUGCUUCGUCGCUCAGUCUGCUCUUGCUCGUCUCAGCGCCACACAGCGUUACGUGUUUGAUUCUGUCCUCUCCAUCUUUGGGAAGGACGUGGCUGAAAACCUCAGGGUUCUAGUGACUUUUGCAGAUGGACAACUGCCUCCAGUUCUAGAGGCCAUCACAGCUGCAGAAGUCCCAUGCCCCAAAGAUGAUGACGGAAAACCUGCUCACUAUAAAUUCAACAACUCUGCUCUUUUUGCUGAAAACCAAAGUUCUGUGGUUGGUUUUGAUGAGAUGUUCUGGAACAUGGGGAAAGCAAGCAUGAGAAGCUUCUUUAAUGCAUUGGAUAAGACUGAACCUAAGAGUUUGACUCUGACUAAAGAGGUUCUGAGAGAAAGAAAACAGCUUGAAGAGACUGUGGAAGAUCUACAGAGUAAAAUAAAUGAAGGGUUAGCACAGCAAGACGAGAUUCUGCAAAUCCAAGAACAAAUCAAGAAGCAUGAGGCUGAGAUCGAGAGGAACAAAGAUUUUGAGGAAGCCACUGCAGCCAUAAACCGUUUGGGAGAGAUCGCUCUGAGGCCAAACCCUCUGUCUGCUCCAGACUACAUUGACAUGAUGAUAGAGUCAGAGAAGAAUCAGAAAAAGGCAGGGUGGAAGCAGAGAGUGAAGGGUCUGGAGGAGCAGAAGCAGAAGGCAGAAAUCCUCAAAAAAGUCGGUUGCGGGAAAAGACUUCUGACUAAAACUAAUUCCGAACAACAAGAACCAGAAGAACCAGAGGAACAAGAGAAACAAGGGAAACCAGGGGAGCAAGGGGAACCAGGGGAACUGGAGGAACAAGGGGAACCAGAGGAACCGGAGGAACAAGGGGAACCAGAGGAACCAGAGGAACAAGGGGAACCAGGGGAACAAGGGAAAUGUAAAACCAUCUAA